AUGUACUACGAGCUACAAAUUAAAAUCCAGAGCCGAUGGAUCGUCUCCACGCAAUCCUUGCCCAUUCUGGCUCGGACCCAAAUCGUGGUUUCCUUCGUGAUCGUCAUUCUGUUCAUGGAGCUCGUCGGGGAAAUUAUCAGACGUCGCUUGACGAUCCUGAUCGGCCAUCAAGUCAUCGCAGAUCUCGAAAGGGCCCCAGGCCUAAUCAACCCUUUUUACGGCACUAUCACUCGUUCCAUGGAUCACCCUCCAGUCUUAAUAGAAGCAAUCAAUAUCUAUUUUUGGAAUAAUUUCAGUGGCUCCACUCCGACACCCGGCCAUCCAAGAGUUCUCGUCAAAGGACACACCACGGGUGGAACUCCAAGGCAAUUCUCGACCGCCAGCACUCUUAAUCGGCGCCAUGGGAGAAGCUGUGAUCUACACGAAGUACAAGCCGAGGGCGCCGAGUUCAAGCCGCUGUUCAAUAACCCCAUCGCACAGGUGUCCUCCGAUAUCCUGAAAGUGCAAGGCUACUCCACACAAUUUCGGUCAUUACUAUCAGCCCGAUUAUCACCACGUCGAGACUCCGUACCCAACGUCCACAUCCAAGAUUCAAACACGGAAUUGGAAACGAAAAGUGGG